CAUGCAACCAUCUUUCGGUUGGGACCAGCCGGCAUGCCGCUGCAGGUUUAAAGGCCAUUGGGGGACAGUGGGGAUUUUUGCUCUCAUGACGGUGGAGGUGAGCUACUGGAGCCGGAUUCUGCUGCUGUCGGUGGGGGUUUUGGCAUCCACAGCCGCCGCCCAGAACUGCAGUUACAUUUUGCAAGGCCCGAACGGGACGAUACAGAGCCCGGGAUUCCCGUACGGCUAUCCAAAUUAUGCAAACUGCACAUGGACAAUCACAGCCAAGGAGCACAACCGAGUGCAGCUUGUAUUCCAGUCCUUUGCGCUAGAAGAAGAUUUCGAUGUGUUAUCGGUUUACGACGGGUUGCCUCAGCAGGGAAAUCUAAGAACAAGGUUAACGGGUUUCCAGCUGCCUCCUCCCAUUGUGAGUACUGGGGUGGUGCUGUCCUUGUGGCUUGUCAGCGAUUAUGCCGUCAGUGCGCAAGGAUUUCAGGCAAACUACGAAGUUCUACCAAGCCACACUUGUGGAAAUCCAGGAAAGCUCCAAAAUGGGAUCCAGCAGGGGACCACCUUCAGCAUUGGGGACAAAGUGCGCUACAGCUGCAACCCAGGCUUCUUUCUGGAAGGACAUGCGCUGCUCACUUGCCAUGCGAGCUCUGAAAACACAGCCUCCUGGGACUUCCCUCUGCCCUUCUGUCGAGCCGAUGAUGCCUGUGGCGGGACGCUCCGGGGGCAGAGUGGGAUUAUUUCAACCCCUCAUUAUCCUUCGGAGUACAGCAACAAUGCCGACUGCACAUGGACCAUUCUGGCAGAGCCUGGAGAUACCAUCGCUCUGGUGUUCCUGGAUUUCCAACUGGAGGAUGAAUACGACUUCUUAGAGGUCACUGGAACAGAGGGAUCCUCCUUAUGGUUUACAGGAACAAACCUUCCCGCCCCUGUGAUCAGCAGCAAAAAUUGGCUUCGUCUUCACUUUAUGUCGGAUGGCAACCACAGGCAAAAGGGCUUCAGCGCACAAUACCAAGUUAAAAAACAAAUGGAAAUGAAGUCCAGGGGAGUGAAACUGAUGCCAAGUAAGGACACGAACCAGAAGACAUCUGUGUUAACGCAGGUCGGGGUGUCCCAGGGACAUAACAUGUGUCCGGACCCUGGGAUUCCAGAUCGAGGCAAACGGAUAGGCAACGAUUUCAGGCUAGGCUCCAGUGUGCAGUUCACCUGCAAUGAAGGCUAUGAUGUGCAGGGCUCCAAAAGCAUCACCUGCAAGAAGCUGAGUGGCAUGAUAGCAGCCUGGAGCGACCAGAGGCCCGUGUGUAGAGCAAGGAUGUGUGAUACCUAUCUCCGAGGCCCCAGCGGCGUUAUUACAUCUCCCAACUACCCCGUCCAGUAUGAUAACAAUGCCUACUGUGUGUGGGUGAUAACAGCAGUCAAUCCAGCCAAGGUCAUCAAGCUCAGCUUUGAAGAAUUUGACUUGGAGAGAGGUUAUGACACACUAACCGUGGGGGACGGAAGUCAGGUGGGAGACCAGAAGAGUGUGCUCUAUGUUUUGACAGGUUCAGCAGUCCCUGAUUUGAUUGUCAGCACCCAACAUCAGAUGUGGCUUCUCUUUCAGACAGACAGCGUGAGGAACUUACUGGGAUUCAAAGCAAACUAUGAAGAAAUCGACCAGGGGGGCUGUGGAGACCCAGGAGUGCCAGCCUACGGCAAGAGAGAGGGCUCAACCUUUCGCCACGGGGACUCAUUGACCUUUGAAUGCCAGCCUGCAUUUGAACUGAAAGGACAGAAAACAAUCACUUGUCAAAAGAGUAGCCAGUGGUCCUCUCAGAAACCAAUCUGUGUUUUUUCCUGCUUCUUCAACUUCACCACUCCGUCCGGGAUUGUGCUCUCCCCAAACUACCCUGAGGAAUAUGGCAGCAGCCUCCACUGCGUCUGGUUAAUCAUUGCAAAGCCUGAAAGCCGGAUCCACUUGGCCUUCAACGAUUUUGACGUGGAGCCUCAGUUUGACUUCUUGGCUGUCAAAGACGGUGGGACAGCUGAAUCUCCUGUCUUGGGGACGUUUUCGGGAAGCCAGCUCCCAUCUUCCCUGACCAGCAGCGGACACGUUGCCAGGCUGGAAUUUCAGACGGAUCAUUCCACCGAGAAACGAGGCUUCAAUAUUACAUUUACUACUUUCCGACACAAUGAAUGCCCCGAUCCAGGGGUGCCUGUCAACGGGAAGCGAUUUGGUGACAGUCUUCAGCUUGGGAGCUCUGUGUCCUUCCUGUGCGAUGAAGGUUUCAUCAGGACGCAUGGCUCAGAAACUGUCACCUGUGUCUUGAAGGAAGGCAAUGUGGUCUGGGACAAUGCUGUUCUGAGAUGCGAAGCUCCAUGUGGCGGCCAUCUGACUUCUCCAAGUGGAAUGAUUCUGUCCCCAGGUUGGCCAGGAUUUUACAAGGACUCUCUGAACUGUGCGUGGAUUAUAGAAGCUCAGCCAGGAUAUCCAAUCAAAAUUACAUUCGACAGAUUUAAAACAGAAGUGAAUUAUGACACACUGGAAGUGCGGGAUGGAAAGUCCUAUUCAUCGCCAUUGAUAGGUGUCUAUGAUGGAACACAGGUCCCCCAGUUCCUCAUUAGCACCAGCAAUUUCCUCUACCUCCUCUUCACCACCGACAAGAGCCACUCUGAUGUCGGCUUUCAGAUCCGCUAUGAAACGGUAAAACUCCAAUCUGACCACUGUUUGGACCCAGGGAUCCCUGUCAAUGGGCUACGGCAUGGGGACGAUUUCUACGUAGGGGCUUUGGUGACCUUCGGCUGUGACCCAGGAUACACCUUGAGCGAUAGUGAAGCUCUGGAGUGUGAGCCCAAUUUUCAGUGGAGCAGGCCUCUUCCCAGCUGUGAGGCUCUUUGCGGAGGUUACAUCCGUGGAUCCAGUGGCACUGUGCUGUCACCUGGCUUCCCCGAUUUCUACCCGAACAAUUUAAACUGCACUUGGAUCAUUGAAGCUUCUCACGGCAAAGGUGUCUUCUUUACUUUCCACACCUUCCACCUGGAGAGCGGGCAUGACUAUCUAUUGAUCACUGAGAACGGCAGCUUCAGCCAACCCCUGAAACAACUCACUGGCUCCCGCUUGCCUGCCCCUUUCAGCGCUGGCCUCUUUGGGAACUUCUCCGCUCAAAUCCGUUUCAUCUCAGACUUCUCCAUAUCAUAUGAAGGCUUCAACAUCACCUUUUCAGAGUAUGACUUAGAACCUUGUGAGGAGCCAGAGGUGCCAACCUACAGCAUUCGCAAGGGCCUCCAGUUUGGCGUGGGAGACGUCUUGACCUUCUCCUGCUUCCCCGGGUAUCGGCUGGAGGGUGUCUCGCGCAUUACCUGCCUGGGAGGGAGACGGCGUGUGUGGAGUUCGCCUCUGCCAAGGUGUGUUGCUGAAUGUGGCUCUUCUGUCACUGGGACACAAGGCGUUCUGUUGUCCCCAAACUAUCCACUCAACUACAACAACAACCACGAAUGUAUCUACUCCAUCCAGACACAGCCAGGAAAAGGAAUUCAGCUCAAAGCCAGAGCUUUCAACCUGGAAGCCGGGGAUGUCCUCAAGAUUUACGACGGCAACAAUAACUCGGCUCGCCUCCUGGGCUCCUUCAGCCAAAGAGAGAUGUUGGGGCUCAGCGUCAACAGCACCUCCAGCGCCAUGUGGCUCGAAUUCAUCACUGACGGCAACAACACAAGCCAAGGCUUCGAACUUCAGUUUUCUAGUUUUGAAUUGAUCAAAUGCGAGGACCCUGGCAUCCCCCAGUUUGGCUACAAAGUCCAUGAUGAGGGACACUUUGCAGGAAGCUCCGUCUCUUUUAACUGUGACCCUGGUUAUACAUUGAGGGGAAGCCGGGUCUUGGCCUGCUUAACUGGGGAACGUCGAUCCUGGGAUCAACCUCUCCCCAUCUGCGUAGCUGAAUGUGGGGGCAGUAUCAGAGGUGACUCUUCGGGAAGGAUCUUGUCUCCCGGGUAUCCCACACCUUAUGACCACAAUCUCAACUGUGUCUGGACAAUUGUGGCUGAAGCUGGUUGCACAAUUGGGCUCCAUUUCAUGGUUUUCCACACAGAAGAAUUCCAUGACGUCCUGAGGAUCUGGGACGGUCCAGUGGAGAAAGGCAUUCUCUUGAAGGAAGUCAGUGGGUCCGUCUUGCCCAGUGAUGUCCACAGCACCUUCAACUCAGUGGUCCUCCAGUUCAACACUGAUUUUUUCACCAGCAAACAGGGUUUUGCCAUUCAGUUUUCAGUGUCCACAGCCACCUCUUGCAAUGACCCAGGAGUUCCACAGAAUGGAAGCCGGAGCGGCAACAGCAAGGAGGCGGGCGAUGCCAUCGUUUUCCAGUGUGAUCCCGGUUAUGCCCUGCAAGGGGAGGCCAAGAUCAGUUGUGUGCAAAUUGAGAACAGGUUUUUCUGGCAGCCGGAUCCCCCAACCUGCAUAGCUCCAUGUGGUGGGAUCCUUACAGGACCGUCUGGGGUGAUCCUGUCACCAAACUACCCAGAGCCUUACCCCCCUGGAAAGGAGUGUGACUGGAAGCUGACCGUCUCUCCUGACUAUGUCAUUGCCUUGGUGUUUCACACCUUCAACUUGGAAGCAGGAUACGAUUUUUUGCACAUCUAUGAUGGACCCAACUCUCUCAGCCCCCUGAUCGGCAGCUUCUAUGACACCCAGUUGCCAGAGAGAAUCGAGAGCAGCAGCAAUAACCUCUUUCUGGCAUUUCGGAGCGAUGCCUCAGUCAGCAAUACCGGAUUUGUGAUCCAUUACACAGAAAACCCCAGAGAAUCUUGCUUUGAUCCCGGCAUGAUUAAGAAUGGGACCCGGGCUGGAAGUGAGUUGAAACUCGGGUCAACUAUCACCUACUAUUGUGACAGUGGCUACAUGAUUGAAGGGGCAUCUACCUUGACAUGCAUCAUGGGGGGAGAUGGAAAGCCUGUGUGGAACAAACCACGGCCGGUGUGUACGGCACCAUGUGGAGGACAGUAUACAGGAUCAGAUGGCGUUGUCCUGUCUCCAAACUACCCUCGGAACUACACCAGUGGACAAGUGUGCCUGUAUUUCAUUGUUGUGCCCAAAGACUAUGUGGUGUUUGGUCAGUUUGCCUUCUUCCAGACAGCUCUCCACGACAUCAUUGAAGUUCACGAUGGUCCUAACCAGCAUUCCCGUCUCCUUAGUUCUCUUUCUGGUUCUCACACCGGUGAAUCCUUGCCUCUGGCCACCACCAACCAAAUACUGAUCAAGUUCAGUGCCAAAGGCCAAGCCACUGCCAAAGGUUUCCAUUUUGUCUACCAAGCGGUUCCGAGAACGAGUGCCACACAAUGCAGCUCUGUUCCAGAGCCCCGCUAUGGGAGGCGCAUCGGCAGCGAUUUCUCCGUAGGGGCUGUGAUUCGGUUUGAGUGCAGUGCUGGUUAUGCCCUCCAGGGAUCCCGAAGCAUUGAGUGCCUGACCAUGCCUGGAGCCCUUGCUCAGUGGAAUGCCUCUGUGCCUACUUGUGUUGUGCCCUGUGGGGGAAAUUUAACGGAGCGAAAAGGCACCAUUUUAUCCCCCGGAUUCCCUGAACCCUACCUGAACAGCCUCAACUGUGUUUGGAAAAUUACUGUCCCCGAAGGUGCUGGGAUACAGAUUCAAGUGAUUAGUUUUGUCACUGAACAGAAUUGGGAUUCGCUUGAAGUGUUUGACGGUGGGGAUAACACUGCCACCAUGCUGGGCAGCUUCUCAGGAACUACGGUCCCUGCAUUAUUGAACAGCACCUCCAACCAGCUCUAUUUGCAUUUCUGCUCUGACAUCAGUGUCUCUGCUGCAGGAUUUCACCUAGAGUAUAAAACCGUGGGCCUCUCCAGCUGCCCAGAACCCACAGUUCCUAGUAAUGGUCUGAAGAUCGGGGAGAGAUACCUGGUGAACGAUGUGGUCUCCUUUCAGUGUGAGCCAGGAUAUGCGCUCCAGGGACGUUCGCACAUUUCCUGCAUGCCAGGGACUGUCCGCCGAUGGAACUAUCCUCCUCCACUUUGCAUUGCUCAAUGCGGAGGGACCAUGGAAGAAAUGGAAGGGGUCAUUCUCAGCCCUGGCUUCCCAGGCAACUAUCCCAGCAACAGUGACUGUACAUGGAGGAUAUCUUUUCCUGUGGGGUUUGGUGCUCACAUCCAAUUCCUGAACUUCUCCACUGAACCCAACCAUGAUUAUGUUGAAAUCCGCAAUGGGCCAUAUGACACCAGCAACAUCAUCAGCCGCUUCAGUGGGAGUGACCUCCCGGGCUCCCUUUUGUCCACAUCGCAUGAAACCACCAUCUAUUUCCACAGCGAUCACUCACAGAACAAGCCUGGCUUCAAGGUAGAAUAUCAAGCCUAUGAGCUCCAGGAGUGUCCUGACCCCGAACCCUUCGCCAACGGCAUUGUCAGAGGAGCCGGUUACAGCGUGGGCCAAUCCAUUUCCUUUGAGUGCCUCCAUGGUUAUCAGCUUGUUGGACAUCCAGUCCUGACCUGCCAACAUGGAACCAAUAGGAACUGGGACUACCCAUUGCCCAGGUGUGAAGUCCCUUGUGGAGGAAACAUCACUACCCACAAUGGCACCAUCUUCUCCCCUGGCUUUCCCAACCCAUAUCCCAAUUCCCAGGACUGCACAUGGCUCAUUUCAGUGUCCCAUGGAUAUGGCAUCUACCUCAACUUCACCUUACUGCAAACAGAGCCAUAUAAUGACUUCGUCACUGUCUGGGACGGACCUCAGCAAACAGCGCCACAGCUUGGUGUUUUCACGGGAAAUUCAGCUAAGAAAGCCACCCAGAGCACUUCCAACCAGGUCCUCCUGAAGUUUUACAGCGAUGCUGCCAAUGGAGGGCUCUUUGCCAUCUAUUUCUAUGCCUACCAGCUUUCUCGAUGCCAGCCUCCAACUAUGGUUCCCAAUGCUGAAGUCAUCACUGAGAACGAAGAUUACAACAUAGGUGAUAUUAUCAGAUAUCGGUGUCUUCCCGGCUUCACCUUGGUCGGAAAUGAGGUCUUGACCUGCAGACUUGGCACCCACCUCCAGUUUGAGGGUCCUCCCCCAACCUGUGAAAUUCACUGCCCAAUGAACGAAAUCCUGACAGCCUCCACCGGUGUCAUCCUGAGUCCAUCUUUCACGGGCAGCUACCCCCAUUUUCAAACCUGCUCAUGGGUGGUCAAGGUGGAACCAGGGUAUAACAUCACCUUCACUGUCGAGUAUUUCUUGAGCGAGAAGGAGUACGAUGAGUUUGGGAUCUUCGACGGUCCUUCAGGCCACAGUCCUCUGCUGCUGUCUCUAAGUGGAAAUUACUCUGCUCCACUAACCGUAACCAGUACCGGCAACAGAGUCUAUCUCCACUGGUCCUCUGACCAUGCCUAUAGCAGGAAGGGCUUCCGGAUCCGCUAUUCGGCCCCUUAUUGCAGCCUCCCAUCACCUCCUCUCCAUGGCUCUAUCCUCAGUCACACUGGGCUACAGCCAGGAAGCACCAUCCAGUUUGGUUGCAAUGCCGGCUACCGCCUCAUCGGCCACAGCUUUUCCACGUGUUCAAGGCGUCCGCAGGGUUACUUCCGCUGGAAUGAAGCCAUUCCUCUAUGCCAAGCUAUCUCUUGCGGCGUUCCUAGAGCUCCAAAGAAUGGCGUGGUUUUUGGCAAGGAGUACACAGUGGGCACCAAAGCGGUCUACCAAUGCAAGCAGGGGUUCCAGCUCCAGGGCCAGAACAAUUCCACCAUUGAGUGCCUUCCAAAUGGUCAAUGGAGUAACGGCAAUGCCCCUCUUCCAUGUGUGGCCAUUGGUUGUCCAGACGUCGGCAGCAUAGCUGUGGAACAUGGUCGAUGGAGGCUGAUCUAUGAGACCCAGUACCAAUACAACGCCCAGCUUAUGUUGAUCUGUGAUCCCGGCUACUACUACACAGGGCAUCGGGUCAUCCAUUGCCAGGCUAAUGGGAAGUGGAGCAUAGGCGAGCCCAUGCCAACUUGCAGAAUCAUCUCCUGUGGAGACCUACCGGUGCCGCCCAACGGGAACAGGAUCGGGACUUUAACCACUUAUGGAGCUACUGCCAUCUUCUCGUGCAAUACUGGCUACACCUUAGUGGGAUCACGUGUCCGAGAAUGCAUGGCCAAUGGCCUCUGGAGCGGACUGGAGGUCACAUGCUUAGCCGGUCACUGUGGUGAACCAGAUCCCAUUGUCAACGGUCAGAUAAACGGUGAAAACUACAACUACCGAGGCAGCGUGGUAUACCAGUGCAACCCCGGCUUCCGUCUCAUUGGGAUGUCGGUCCGGAUCUGCCAGCAGGACCACCGCUGGUCUGGAAAGACUCCUGUCUGUGUGCCCAUAACCUGUGGCCACCCGGGAAAUCCAGCAAACGGCUUGACGCAAGGCAGUCAGUUCAACCUGAAUGAUGUGGCCAAGUUUGUAUGCAACACGGGGUACCGCCUGGAAGGGACGUCCAAGUCUCAAUGCCUAAGCAACGGGCAAUGGAGUAAUGCCCUGCCCAUUUGCCGCAUUGUAAACUGUACUGACCCUGGGCACCUGGAAAACAGCGUCCGUCAAGUGCAGCUGAGUGGGCCUCACAGAUACAGCUACGGAACCACAGUCUCUUAUCUGUGCAACCAUGGAUAUUACUUACUGGGCACCCAUGUCCUUACCUGUCAGGGGGAUGGCACUUGGGAUCGACCCCUCCCAGUGUGUCAUUUGGUCUCCUGUGGACACCCGGGAUCCCCACCUCAUGCCCAGAUCUUGGGGGAUGUCUACACGGUUGGCUCGGUGGUGCGUUACAGCUGCCUGGAAGGCCGAGGCUUGAUCGGCAACUCCACCCGCAUGUGUCAGUUGGAUGGGCGCUGGAGCGGGUCCCUACCUCACUGCUCAGGAAGCAGCCAAGGACUGUGUGGAGACCCAGGAAUCCCUUCCCAUGGCAUCCGACAUGGCGGCAAUGAGCUAGGUGUGGAAAGUACUGUCUCGUUCAGCUGCGAGCCAGGCUACAUGCUCCGGGGAUCCCUCCAGAGAGUGUGCCAAGCCAAUGGCACAUGGAGUGGCACUCAGCCAGAAUGUGAAGUUAUAUCUUGUGGAAACCCUGGGACCCCCAGCAACGCCCGAGUGAUAUUUAAUGAUGGCCUCGUGUUCUCCAGCUCCAUCAUCUACAAGUGUCGGGAGGGCUAUUACUCCACAGGUGUGCUCAGCAGGCAUUGCACGGUCAAUGGCACCUGGACCGGGAGCACUCCAGAGUGUACAGUGAUAAAUUGUGGAGAUCCUGGCAUUCCUGCCAAUGGGAUUCGCUUGGGCAGUGAUUUCACCUACAAUAAGACUGUCGUGUUUCAGUGCAUGCCUGGCUACAUGAUGGAAUCAGACAGGGCCUCUGCUUUGACAUGCACUAAAGACCGGACCUGGAACAGCACAAAACCUGUCUGCAGAGCUAUCAUAUGUAAACCACCGCAAGUCAUCCCCAAUGGGAAAGUUGUGGGAUCUGACUUCAGCUGGGGUUCCAGCGUGAGCUACACCUGCUUAGAAGGAUAUCAGCUCUCCCUUCCUGCUGUCCUGACUUGUGAAGGCAAUGGAUCAUGGAGCGGAGAACUCCCGCAGUGUUUCCCUGUUUUCUGUGGCGAUCCAGGUAUUCCAGCAGAAGGACGGCGUGAAGACAGAGGUUUUACCUACCGCUCUUCUGUCUCUUAUUCCUGCUCACCUCCACUGGUGCUAGUAGGGUCCGCUAGGAGGUUCUGUCAAUCGGAUGGAACAUGGAGCGGCACACAACCAAGUUGCAUAGACUCAACUCUUACAGCAUGUGUGGACCCAGGUGUGCCUCUUUUUGGAACACAAAACAAUUCCCAGGGUUAUCAGGUCGGGAGUGUUGUCUUUUUCAAAUGUCACAAAGGUUACCUCUUGCAAGGCUCCACCACGAGAACAUGCCUUCCGAAUCUGACGUGGAGCGGCGUGCAACCAGACUGCAUCCCUCACAACUGCAAGGAGCCAGAGACUCCAGCCCAUGCCAAUGUAGGUGCCCUGGACUUGCCUUCCCUUGGAUACACCUUGAUCUACUCUUGUCAGAGUGGCUUUUAUCUCACCGGAGGAUCAGAACACAGGACUUGCAAAGCUGACGGCAGCUGGACAGGGAAGCCUCCCGUUUGCCUAGCCGAUGUCCGGCCAAGUGGGAGACCGGUGGGCACCGCAAGAGACCCACCUCUUCCAAAGGUUUCAGUUCCGCCAGAUGUCUUUGCAAAAAAUUCCUUCUGGAAAGGCUCUUACGAAUACCUGGGGAAGAAGCAGCCGGCCAUGUUGUCUGUCACCAGUUUUGAUGCCGUCACCAGUAAAGUCAACGCCACCCUAGUAGACCACAGUGGUGUGGAGUUGCAAGUGUCAGGUAUUUAUAAAAGAGAAGAUGUUCAUCUUCUUCUCCAGGUAUACCAGAUUACUGGGCCAGUGGAGAUCUUCAUGAACAAAUUCAAGAAUGAUAAAUGGGCUUUAGACGGACAUGUAAGUACUGAGUCAUCCAGUGGGACGUUUGUCUACCAGGGUUUUGUGCAUGGCAAAGGGUUUGGACAGUUUGGCCUCCAGAGGCUAGACAGUAGCAUCAAUGAACGAGAUCCUGAAUCGAUGGGGCAUCCAUUUGCAUCCAACAGCAGCUCGGUGGCAGCUGCGAUCCUCGUGCCUUUCAUUGCCCUGAUUAUUGCAGGGUUUGUGCUCUAUCUCUACAAGCACAGAAGGAGACCGAAGGUGCCCUUCAAUGGCUACGCCGGCCAUGAAAACACCAAUGUCCGAGGAACGUUUGAAAACCCGAUGUACGACCGCAGCUUGCAGCCGACGGAUAUCAUGGCCAACGAGGCAGAGUUUACAGUCAGCACCGUAUGCACUGCGGUAUAGCAUUGAACAAACCUGCGCACAUGCUCCAGGGACAGAAGUCUCACUAGUGCCCAAUGCUCCUCCUGGUUUCUCCUUGCCCAUGAUCAUCCUUCCCAUAAAUGUUGGGGCUGCAGAGUUGAUAUGGUGCCUUUGAGUUGAUCCAGAGAGAGAGAGAGAGAGACAGAAACAGACAGAAACAGAGAGAGAGAGACUGCCUUGCCGUUUAUCACUGCUCCCCAUCGUCAUUGUCUGUCUCUUCUGCCCUGCAGCUGAUAAUCAAAUCAACCAAAGCAUCCACUCCAGUCCUUGGGAUGAGAACUUGGGCUGCGGACCUUCCCUCCCCACCUCGCCCUGUGCCCAUGCGCGCCGCCGCCAUCCACACUUCUCCCUCCUCUGAGCCAUUCUCUGGUGACCCCUGGCCAACUUGGUGACUACUGCUCAGAGACCAAAGGCCACCCCACGGCUUGCUUCUGGUGGAUCAUCAUCUUUGCGGAGGAGACCCUCAUGGCAAGAUGGCACAGAUCUAACAAUAUGCAUACCCCCAUUGCCAGAGGAAAUGAUGAACAACCAAGAGGAGGUGGCCAAAUUGUGAUGGAGGAGACCUCAUGGAUGCAGAGAAGCCGGGACAAGAAAGCCCACCCACCACAUUGGACUCAAACAGCAAGUUUAGCAAAUGGAGACGUUGUUUCAUUUAUGUUUGUUCUCUUCCUCCUCGUCCCGAUGUGUGUAAUUCACUUCAACGUGGCACUGCAAGCAUCUCAAAUUUCUGCAAAAUCUGCCACUCCUCUCCAAACCCCAAGCCACAGAACAUCUCCCUUAUGCCAGCAAGCCACAUUUUUAGGUAGCCUUAGCUUUAUUCUUUGAAGGUCUGAUGGUGUCCCUUGCGUCUACUUCCAGUGACCUGGCCAGUCCAAAUCUCUUUGUCUUUUAAAACAUAGCUGCUUUUGUUGCUUCAUCCUCACUACCUUUGACGGAUCUCCAGCUAUAGUAAGGACCUUUCCAUUGAUGCAGUUCCCAUCACAAAUUUUAAAAAUGGGAACUCUUCUUUUCAUAGCUGGUGUGGGAGAUCCAUAUAUCAUCACAGUCCUCUAAGGCAUUCACUGCAGGUCAGGCACAUCUUGCCAGCCUUUAAAUGACAAUAUUUUGUUGCUGUGGAAAUGAACACCUCCAGCCUUGCACUUUGCUUGCUUUUUGGAAUCCGUUACGGAAAACAUGGCAGUAUGGAAAUCAAGAGCACCUAUUGGCUAGUGUCUGUGUUUCACCAGUGUCCAAUAUCCCUAAUUUAGUUUUGUGAUCAAUGGAUUCUAAGGGCUUGGCCAUGCUGGUUGGGGGAUUCUGGGAACUAUAUGCUGAAAAAGUAAUUUUUCCAAACUCUGCUUUCUUUCUUUCUUGGAUAAAAGGUCAAAGCUUCCAUUCAUGCCAAGAUUGCUCUAUAGUUUUUACAUUUCAAAAAAAUAUUGCUGACAUAUAAUUUUCUCUUAAGGUGUGGUAAGCUUUCCGUACUCAUUUUAUUCACCUAAGCAUGGUGUAGUAGUUUGAGUGUUGGGUUCAACUCCCAGCUUGGCUAUGAAACCCACAGGGUGAC